CUAGCCUGUGGUUAAAGUAGCGUAAAUAAAAAAGUGUGUAAUUUGAGGUUUUCGUAUUAAGUAUUUGCAGCCGCUAUUUGCACUCUAGAUUUAACUAAAAAAUUUUAGAAAUUUGUCUAUUUUAAUAUGGUUUAAGCAGUAUUUGAUUUACGUUGCCAAAAGCUUGAUUUAAUAAUUUCCUUAGAUAAAACAUCGAUAAAGGAAUUUUUGCAAGUUUGUAGUUUUUUAAGAGAACAGAAAGACCUCUUUUGUAGAGGUUUUUGACAUUAUUUUAAGGUUAUUAUCGACCUGUCAAGAGGACAUUUUUUCGUCAAGCUGUCUCCACAAAUUCGCAAAAUAGGAGACGAAAAUCCAUUCAAGUUCUCAAACUUCCUGUCAAAUCUACCACCGAUCGGUGGUAGAGCAAUGCCGCGAUGCAGUAAACGCACGCGAGGUGCAGCAGCUGAUUUGCUGCCAGGUACUACCUCUCUUGAAGACCACCACCACCACAAAAGGUCAAGGAACACAAGUUCUCGAAGACAUUCCAAAACUGAAGAUAUAAGUUUUAGUCCUAAAAAAUGUUUAGUCUGGUUUAAAGAAUAUACCACAAUUGCAGAACCAGAUGUAUUAGGGCCUGAAGGUAUGGAAAAAUUUUGUGAAGAUAUAGGAGUGGAUCCAGAAAAUGUGGUUAUGUUGGUCAUUGCUUAUAAAAUGGGAGCUAAACAAAUGGGUUAUUUCACACAAGAAGAGUGGUUGAAAGGUUUAACAGAUCUACAAUGUGACAGCGUACUCAAAUUGCAGACCAAAUUAGACCAUCUUCGAAGUUUGCUCAAUGAUCCAUAUGUCUUUAAAUCAAUAUAUAGAUAUUCUUACGAUUUUGCAAGGGAUAAAGACCAACGUUCACUAGACACGAGUACGGCUCGUGCACUAUUAGGAGUACUUCUACCGCGUUGGCCUCUUCGCCUACCCCUCGCAGAGUUUCUGACUCAUGGACGGCGGUACAGGGUCGUUAACCGUGACCAGUGGUGUAAUAUACUCGAGUUCAGCCGCACUGUCGACACGCACCUCACUGCUUAUGACGCGGAUGGAGCUUGGCCUGUAAUGUUAGAUGAAUUUGUGGAAUGGCUGAGAGCAGAACGUGGAGACGCAGCUAUGCACGCCAGCUGAGACCACAUUGAGAUGGGAUUGGGUGAGGCUUGCACUAAGAUGGUUCAUUGUGGGCCUGCCUUAUAGAUUUAAGUGUAUAUUGUUUAUCUAUGUAUAUUAUGUUCUACACAUACCCUACAAUAAUAACCCUAAUGUUUAUUAAUACCGCGAUUACUUUAUAUUUGACGCAGUUAUAUCUAUAGUUUCACUGGCAUAUAUGUUAAUGCCACGGGUUGACUGAUUCUAAUAGAGCCAAUGCCAUAGAUAAUAUUUAUAAAUACUUUAUUCUCAAAUGAUCUAUGGCGUCAUUACUCGUUAUUCAAAUGAGAUGAGCAUACUAUACCUGUUCAUAUUGACUUAUUAUUUUACGCAACAUACAUCCUUUGUUAUGAAAAUGUUAAAAUUUCCGGUAAUUGAUGUUUCAUUUUUAUAAAAUAAUUGGUCUUUAAUAUGUUUGCGUAAUAGAAAAUAUUUGGAUCUCUAAUUUUGCGGCUUUCUGUUUAAAUUGAAUUGUGGUCGCGGUAUAUGUAUAUUAAAUUUGUAUAACAUAACAUUUUAUAUUUUCCUUGUUCAUCGCACGAAAUUUGUAGUAAUACUCCAAUACAUUAUAUUAGAUAAUUUAUUUCAUGCCCACCGACCCAUUGUUUUAAUAGUACAAGUAGUCAUUGUAACAAUAAUAUACAUAAAUAAAUAUUCUGGAACACAUACUUUGUAACCACACUAUUAACGUCAUUAAAAGUUUUAUUUAGUGCCAAAAAUUUAUUUGAACCCAAGUAGAAACUUUGCCAUAUGCCUUAAGAGUGUAUAUUUAGAAUGCAAAGAAGACAUGGGUCAGGUUGAUUUAUGGCACUAUUGGAAUCAAAGAAAAUAAAUGAUUUAGCCAACCCAACAUUUAAUAAAUAUAAAGUCAGUCGGCUAAUAUUGUAAAAAUUGAUGGGCUAUUUAUUUAAUUUGUACAGUUGUCUUCAUUUAUUUAAAUCACUAAAUAUAAAUUUAUUUUUCUUGUAUAGUGUCAUUUUCAUGUAUGAACGAGUACUGCCAAUGUUAUUGAAUUUAUGAUGUUUGUAUGAAUGAUUGCAGAAUGAUUACUCAUAAUUGAAGUUGAUAAAAAAAUUUCUAUAUUUGAAAAAGAACUAUCUUCAAGAAGGAUGUUUAAGUAAUAUUGAACAUUCUGUAAUUAUGCCAAUAUUUUUUAAUUUUAAGAUAAGUUCAAAUGCAAAGGAAUUUAAAGAAUUUGGAUUUGCUUUAAUUUCAGAUGAAUACAUUUUUAUAGGCAUUAUUCAUGAUACCUGGAUUAAUUAAAUAUAAAGCCCCCGUUCAAUAUAUUUUCUUUUAUAGAAUAUUUUAACAAAUGGUAUAUAGACUUACUCAAUAUUCUAAAGACUCAAUGUUUCUAUUUUGUACACUAUAUUUAGGUAUCAUGACUUUUGUCUCUGAAACAAGUUCCGAUAGACUAGAUAUCUAGUCUAAUCCUAGGUUUAGAUGUAGAUAUCGUUUUGUAUAAGCAAGUAGUUAGUAUAUUCAAAUUUUCUGCGGGACAUAGUCAGUACCAUUCUCUUUAAGAUAAAUGGUAUAUCAAAUUUAUCUAAAUUGUUUAGGCCCUCUUACCGAAUGUCAUUCAAGGAAAAUAAAUCAUUUGGAAAAUA